CCCAACAGAAGAGAACACGUCACUUGCUCUUCGGCUGCUUUCUCCAGGAAUCUUUGCAGUUCCAUGCCUGUGACAGGAGCCAACUGUGUGACCCACUGGCAGAAGAUAUUUUGAACGGAAGGGAAAUAUCAGAACCCUCACUCUCAGCUGAGCACAUAGUUUCCCAUGUGCUUGGAGGAAAAACUAUUCACAGCCUUGGACCAGAGACACUGACUUGCCCACUCACUGCCGAACAGAAGCAGACAAUCUGGGAUUUGUGUUCUAAGCGCCUUCAACACAUGCCUGUGCAAUAUGUGAUCGAGGAAUGGGACUUCUGUGGUCUAACGCUGAAAGUAAAGCCACCAGUCUUUAUUCCCAGACCUGAAACAGAGGGGUUAGUCGAUCUGAUGCUGUCAGAACUUGCCACAGAGGAAAAGUUUCAUUGGCAAAGCUUCAAUCGUCUUUCCGACCCUCUGUUCCUGGAAAUUGGGUGUGGAUCUGGAGCUAUAAUUCUGAGCUUACUACAUUUCUUCAAACAAAGUUCUGCUGUGGCAGUGGAUAAAAGCCCUGAAGCUGUGGCCCUCACCAGAGAAAACGCGGAGAGGUUAUGUGUUAGCCACAGGCUUCAAGAAUUGCAGCUCAAUAUUACAUCAGAUGCCUGUGAACUGUCUCGCAUCUGUGGAGCUGUGGAUGUCAUUGUCAGUAACCCUCCAUAUGUAUUCCAUGAAGAUAUGUCUGGGUUAAUGCAGAGAUCCUCAGGUAUGAAGACCUUGAUGCACUGGAUGGGGGAGUGGAUGGAAUGAAGGUCAUCAGACCUAUACUGCACCUUGCAUCUAAAGUUCUGAAGGAACAUGGGAAGAUCUUCCUCGAGGUAGAUCCCAGACAUCCAGUGAUGAUAGAAAGUUGGCUUCAGGAAUGUCCCAGGCUGCAGCUCAGCUAUCAAGCUACCCACCAGGACCUCUAUGGAAAGCCACGUUUCUGUGUAUUGCAGAGGAAGUUAAUCAAUUGAAGAAUCGAGUCCUUACCUCCUCCAAUUGUGCUUAAUACAGACUGCAGGGUUAUUUACGCACAAUCAAGUUUUCAGUUUAAGUUUACUGUUUAUUGUCGUGGGCAGACAUACCCAGGGUAUAAAUGCCAUACAAGUUCUUUUUGCAGCAGCAGCACAGUACAUUACAGACAUGGCACACAUCAAUUAACAUGGACUUAAAUUAACAAUAAAUUAUACAUAACUUGCGUAACAAAAUAAACUAACAUAAACACAAGGACAUUAGUGUAAGUUGAGAUAAGAACGAAAUAUAGUCCAAGGUAGUUUUGGGGUUUUUCAGGUCUGUUCAAGAACCUGAUGGCAGUGGGGAAGCUAUUGUUGAACCUUGAGGUGUGGGUCUUCAGGCUCCUGUACCUCCUGCCUGAUGGCAGCAUCGAGAAGAGGGCACAGCCCAGAUGGUGGGCUCCUUAAUGAUGAAUGUCGCCUUGCUGAGACAUAGAUGUCCUUGACAGUGGGGAGAUAGAACUGGCUGAGUCCACCACUCUCUGUAGCCUCUUGCAUUCCUGUGCAUUGGAGUUUCCAUCCCAGGCUGUGAUGCAACCAGUCAGAAUGCUCUCCACUGUACACCCAUAGAAAUUUGUAGGAGUCUUUGGUGACAUAGCAAAUCUCCUCAAACUCCUAACAAAGUAGAACCGCUGGUGUGCCUUCUUUGUGAUUGCAUCUAUGUGCUGAGUCCAGGAUAGAUCCUUCGAGAUGUUGACACCCAGGAACUUGGAGCUGCUCACCCUUUCCACUGCCGACCCUUCAGUGAGGACUGGUGUGUUCACCUGACUUCCCCUUCCUAAAGUUCAGUCAGUUCCUUGGUCUUGCUGACAUUGAGCACAAAGUUGUUGUUACGACACCACUCAACCAUAACUCCAAAAGGUUUAUUUUAAUCUUCAGCUGAAAGGGCAGAAUUCUGUAUGGCUUCUGCUACUUCAAGCAACUUCACACCAAGGUCUUUGACAUACAAGGGAUGCCAUUAAUGUCACAAUGAAAAACAGGACUUUUUGGGAGGGGAUGCCACAAUUAAUAAAUACAAAUGACUAAUAAAGAUAAAAUAAU